CUCUGAAAGCGCGCGUCCCCGGCGUGCGUCGCGGUGCCAUCUGGGACUGACCUCACACUCCUCCGUGCCGUGUCAAAACUUGUUUGCGGAUCCCAAAUGAAAUUUCCGAUGCUGUGGAUAAGCAGUCUCCCAGGAAUCGUUCUUUUAACAUGCUGUGCCCCCCUCCUGACCGCCUGAACAAAUAGAGGGCGAGUCCUGGAGCUCCCCGCGCGUCGGUGUUCGGAUGCAUUUCAACACCUUUCUAAGCAGAGCAACGCAGCCGAGAGAGCCUUUUUUCCGUUAGGCUCUAAAUUACAUAAUAUGAAUUUGGCACACAGUUGCGAUGAGGCAGACUGUCUCCAGGACGGCUCCCGCGUCGAGCAACUGCGCCUGUGUUCAGAGUGUCCAGAGCCUCUGAGUUGAGGCACUCCCAGACGCUAUUUUUUUAGACAAUAUUCUUCCCAGUUGCUGAGGAUUUUGAGCCUUCUCCUGUAACAGGUAGAAACUUUGUGUCCAAUCCCCUCGUUUUUUUACGCACAACUUCUUCUGCAUUAGAUGAUUCUCCAAUUCGUCAUAUUUGCCACUUUUAUUCUAGACUGGUCUUUGAAUUGUUUACACUUCUCUUUUUACAACUGAUGCUCAAGUAAAACGCCCUCUUCUCGCCCCAGCGACGAACUGGGCGUCACGUAAAUGUGUUUAGGAGAUGUGACUUUUGAACCGCUGUUGGGAUCAGACUUCCAGGAUCCUGCGGCUUUUCAGCACCGCGGACAGCUCCCGGUCCGCGGUUCAAACUUCGGGCAGACGCCGCUCGCCUCCUCCGCUCGCGCAGCUCCCGUGCAUUUCACUGAUCCCGCUUCGAACAAGCACCGCCGCAAACGGAUAUGCUUUGGUUUUACACAGCCCAUUCAUCGCACGGCGACGCUGGGAACUGAGGAGUCGCUCACAGGCUGUAAUCUACAACCCCCCCCGCCCCACCCCCGACCCCCCUCCCCGAGGACGCGGAGGACGGAGAGGAUGGCGCUGGUGCUGUAAAUGGCCCCUGUCAGGAUAAAAAGCGCGGCGCUCUGAGAUCCGGUGCUGCUGCGCCUCGCUGUCUCCCAACCCGAGCGCCGCCGCCGCCGUCGUCAGCAGCAGCAGCAGCCGAGCGGAACCCACAGGCAGGACGGUGACCUGGUUUCGCCCGGGGCUAUGUCGCCGGGGAGAUCCCCCGCGCCGGGGGUGCGCCCUGCGCCCCGGCCCGUCUGGCUGUCCCACCUCAGCCUGCUGUGCCUGUGCGUGUCCCUGUUGGCCCAGGCUCCCCAGGGUCUGCCCGUGGUGGGCUACAACCCCGACUCCAAGCGGGAGAUCACGCUGGACGGGGACCUGAUGAUCGGCGGCCUGUUCCCGGUGCACCAGAAGGGCGAGGGAGCGGAGGACUGCGGGAAGAUCAACGCCCAGCGGGGGAUCCAGAGGCUGGAGGCCAUGCUGCUGGCGCUGGACGAGAUCAACAGGGACGAGCGCAUCCUGCCCGGGAUCAGGCUGGGGGCGCACAUUUUGGACACCUGCUCCAAGGACACCUACGCUCUGGAGCAGUCGCUGGAGUUCGUCAGGGCCUCACUCACCAAGGUGGACGACAGCGAGUACACGUGCCCCGACGGCUCCUACGCCAUCCACGACGACGUCCCUCUGGCCAUCUCCGGGGUCAUAGGCGGCUCCUACAGCGACGUCUCCAUCCAGGUGGCCAACCUGCUGCGGCUCUUCCAGAUCCCCCAGAUCAGCUACGCCUCCACCAGCGCCAAGCUCAGCGACAAGAGCCGCUACGACUACUUCGCCCGCACCGUGCCCCCCGACUUCUACCAGGCCAAGGCCAUGGCGGAGAUCCUGCGCUACUUCAACUGGACCUACGUGUCCACGGUGGCCUCGGAGGGCGACUACGGCGAGACGGGCAUCGACGCCUUCCAGCAGGAGGCGCGCGCGCGCCACAUCUGCAUCGCCACGUCGGCCAAGGUGAGCCGCUCCAUGAGCCGCUGGAGCUACGAGAACGUGAUCCGCUCGCUGCAGCAGAAGUCCAACGCCAGGGUGGUGAUCCUGUUCACGCGCAGCGAGGACGCGCGCGAGCUGCUGGUGGCCGCCAACCGCAUGAACGUCACCUUCAUCUGGGUGGCGAGCGACGGCUGGGGGGCGCAGGAGAGCGUGGUGAGGGGCAGCGAGGCCGUGGCCGACGGGGCCUUCACCAUCGAGCUGGCGUCGUACGAGAUACACCAGUUCAACCAGUACUUCACCGGCCUGCACCCGUACAACAACACGCGGAACCCCUGGUUCCGGGAGUUCUGGGAGAACCAGUUCCAGUGCAGCCUGCACGACCUGAGCUGCGGGAAGCACUCGCUGCGCGAGGCCCCGUUCCAGCCGGAGUCCAAGAUCAUGUUCGUGGUGAACGCCGUGUUCGCCAUGGCGGCGGCUUUACACAACAUGAGGCAGGCCGUGUGCCCCAACUCCACCAAGGUGUGUGACGCGCUCAAACCUGGCAACGGCAGGAAGUUUUACAGGGACUACAUCCUCAAGGUCAAGUUUGAUGCCCCGUUCCGUCCGCCGGACACGGAGAACGUCGUUCGCUUCGAUGCCUUCGGAGACAGCCUCGGACGCUACAACAUUUUCCACUACCACAAGGAGGACGGGCGCUACGUCUACCGCAACGUUGGCUACUGGGCUCAGGGCCUGACUCUGAACACCAGCCUGAUCCCCUGGGCUGGCCAGGUGGCGCCCACCUCCCAGUGCAGCGACCCCUGCAGGAAGCACGAGGUGAAGAGCAUGCAGCCCGGGGACGUGUGCUGCUGGAUCUGCAUCCCCUGCCAGCCCUACCAGUACCUGCAGGACGAGUUCACCUGUGCCGACUGCAGCUUCGGCCAGUGGCCCCUGGCCAACCUGACCGGCUGCUACGACCUGCCCGAAGAGUACAUCCGGUGGGAGGACGCCUGGGCCAUCGGGCCUGUCACCAUCUCCUGUCUGGGGAUGAUGUGUACUCUCUUCGUAGUCGGCCUGUUCUUCAAGCACAACGAGACGCCCGUGGUGAAGGCCAGCGGACGCGAGCUCUCCUACAUCCUCCUGCUGGGAGUGCUGAUGUGCUACAGCAUGACCUUCAUCUACAUCGCCAAACCCUCCACGGCCGUGUGCACCCUCCGCCGGCUGGGCCUCGGCACCUCCUUCGCCGUGUGCUACUCGGCCCUGUUGACCAAGACCAACCGCAUUGCCCGCAUCUUCAGCGGCGUGAAGGACGGCGCCCAGCGGCCGCGCUUCAUCAGCCCCGGCUCCCAGGUGGCCAUCUGCGGCGCCCUCAUCUCCUGCCAGCUGGUGGUGGUGGUGGUGUGGAUGCUGGUGGAGACCCCCGGGGUGAGGAAGGAAGUGAGCCCCGAGCGCAGGGACGUGGUCACCCUGAAGUGCAACAGCAAAGACUCCAGCAUGCUCAUGUCCCUCACCUACAACUGCGUCCUCAUUAUUCUCUGCACGGUCUACGCCUUCAAGACCCGCAAGUGUCCAGAGAACUUCAACGAGGCCAAGUUCAUCGGGUUCACCAUGUACACCACCUGCAUCAUCUGGCUGGCGUUCCAGCCCAUUUUCUACGUCACGGCCAGCGACUACAGGGUGCAGACCACCACCAUGUGCAUCUCUGUCAGUCUGAGUGGGUCGGUGGUGCUGGGCUGCCUCUUCGCUCCCAAGGUCCACAUCAUCCUGUUCCAGCCGCAGAAGAAUGUCAGCACCCUCCGGGUGGCCACCACUCGCUUCAGUGUGACCACUGGCCCGGGCUCAAGCUUCUCUCAAGCUUCAGCCUCCAAUGUCGUUCCAACAGUGUGUAAUGGACGAGAGGUGGUGGACUCCACAACGUCCUCCUUGUGAAGAUCAGCUGGGUUCCUUUGCCAAACAUUGUAAACAGAGUUAUAUAAUCACUAGUCCUGAAUCAGGUGUCUCAGAUAUUAAAGAGGUCACGCAGACGACUGUCCUGACUUUGUUGUCCUCGAAGUGCUGUGAGUACAAUGUCCCAAUUAUUUUACUUUGUUCUUUGACUCGUAGCAAUUUAACAUGAGAUGCCAAUAAAGUCGCAUAUAGCCCUUGUUUUUAUGGAAGAAUCUACUUGCAACGAUGGAGUAAAUUAUAGUAAAUCUGUUAAAUGUAAUAUAUUCAAGACGUUUUUAAUGUAGAUUUUGGUGAACCAGUUUGUGCUUUCUUGUAAUUUAUGUAAAUAAAGUGUGUUUUUUAUUAAUACUAA